AUAAUUUAAACGUGACAAUUUUUUACAUCAGUGAUAAAUUUUUAAAAAUAAUGAGUUAAUUAAAGUGAUAAUAAUUGCAGAAGUAACAAAUAAUAAUGAGUGCAGUGAAGUGUAAAAAAAAUUCAAAAAUUUAAUUUAUAUGUUUUUGUGGGCAGGCGGCGCUGCCAAGGAUCUUCAAAUAUUUUUACGAUGUGGGAAUGAUGAUCAGUGAUCAAUUAUGAAUUUAAAAAAGUGUUUUUUAAAAUUAUUGAAGUUUAAUGAAGUGAGUGAAUUUAAUGAUAGUGUUUUUCAAAUUGAAGUAGGAAAACUUUAGAAUAAAAAAAAAAAAGAAAGUGAGUUAUGAAUAAUUGAAAAAUAAUGAUCAUCAAAUCGGAGAGUAAAAGAAAUCACGAGUCAAAGGACCGAACUAAUCGGCCCAUAAGGAGAUUCAUCGCGUCUUGUAUCCAAGGUAGAUCGAGCGAGUCCCAGUAGCACGCUCGAAAUUGCACCAAGCUUUAACAUGGGGUCUAGAGGUCGUUGUAUCAAAGAUCGUUGGAGCAAAAUAUCAACGACAAAAGAGGAAAGGACAAUAGUGUAUAACUGAACGUUGAUGUUGGGGUAUGGCCGCUACCGACGGACAAAUUGUCGUCGCUGCGGCGCGUUGGGCCGAAGAGGCGACAUAUUUGCGUGAGUUCGUAAGCAAGCAUCGUCUUCCAGCAGUAAUUAAAAUAACAAAAGGCCAGUAUGGCGGUCUGGGAGUCCCGACGUUGCCGGCGCCGAGUCUACAGAGCACCGCGCUCCUGGUGUCCGCUGGACGUAGGCGUAAAAUAGUCGCCCAAGCGGUUAAAAUCAAAGAGGGACGUCGAGUAGUCGGUGUGGGACCAAGACUCGCGAUUCCAGACUCCUACCACGGCUACUUCGAGAUCCUCAGCGAAGAAGGUCGGGCCGUCCGUGGUAUUGAGUCCGUCAACGAACUCGCACGCCGUUGCCCCGAAGAGGGCGCGCUAGUACGCGAAACAAUACGUGGCAUUGCCUGCAAACUCGACGAUUCCAGCAACGUGGUCGCAGAGGGCACUAGGAGUCUCCUCGCUGGCGAAACAAUCUUGACAGCUGGUGAAGUUACUCUACCUGGCCGCGGGCGCUUUUUACGCUGCGUCGAUAGCCACGGUGAUAGCUUGCUCCUCAGCAUGGAGCAGCGUGGCCGCUUCAGUGCACUGGCUCGUGAAGAUAACAUCAGCGGCGUCCACACAGCCCGUGCACUCCUCAGUAAGCGGCUGCCCUUGACCGUUCGUUUAGUCUAUGGGCAGCCACCUCGCGGUCUAAAAUCAUCGUCCCAAUUUCUUCCAGAACUUCGUCUACUCUCAACCUUCGAAGAGGAACAUAUAUUCGCGCUUCCACUCCAACGAGAAGGAGCCGCAGUCUCGCUGCCUCUAGCAGCGCCUCUCAAAUUAGUAAAGGCUAGAAACGAAGACGUGUUACGUUCAAUGACCGAAUUUACACGACUAGUCGACCGUUCUUCUCGCCUGGUCGCUGACGUCGCAGAUCGCGCUCACGUUCUCGAUGGCAGACUCGGUGAGAGCAAGCAGACCCGCCAAACAAGAAGUGCCGCGGCAUUCUUACGUCGUUCUGUCAGUUCUGACAGUGCAAACAAUCACCAUCGUCACCAUCAUCACCACUACCAUCAUAAUCAAAAUGGCGGAGGCUUAAAUGGCAACAUAAAUUUAAGUCUCGGUAUUGGGCUGGGCCUAGGUCUAGGUCUGAGCGGAAACAGUUAUCGGGACGAAAACCGCGUACCCCAGUCCUAUACCGAAGACUACGAUGAAAUAGAUCAAAUUUACGAUUACGUACGUGGGUUCGCUCCUCUCCCCAAGAGCGUGAGGUCGCCAUACGAAAGUCCCGUCAGCAGUACGGGAACUGGCAACCAAAUAAAUAGCAGUUCCAGUCCCCCACUGACGCCAAUCACUGUAGCAAUUGCUCCAUUACUGGACGAUCGGCCGGAACCUCCACCCAUCGAGACGAUUCCAACCAAGAAGAUGCAAGCGGAAAAACGCACCAGACGCGCGGUCAAAGAUACGGGCACGCCACAAACUGGGCAACCAGGCACGCAAACUGGUCAGCCCAUGCCUAGAGUUGAGAAACCACCUUUGGCAAAAUUGUACGUUAAAAACAGCGGAACUCAACGUGGCCGUCCGCUAAUGAGGCAGAAGAGCGCGUCGCCUUUGAAAGAAACUCCUCCGGGGUUCAAGGGAGGCUCGCCGCUUUUUAAUAUUCGGUACAAGAGUCUAACUAAUCUGCAACAAGCAAUGGAACUUGAUGGUACUCUCGAUUCCAGUCAUUCUGGCGGUAGAACCUCAGGCGAUUCGGGAGCAGGCGCCAAGCUUCCAGAAAAAAGAUCAAGGCGUCUCAGCAGACCUCGCUCGCUUACCAAUCUCGUGUGGGAACUGCGCGGCAGCACAGUCGCUACCAGACCCGAAACUCCUCCUCCAGUUGUUGCGGCGCCACUGCCGGCGACUAAGUGUGGCGCGAGACUUGCUGUUACUGUUGUGGCGCCACGACGCGUUGGCACGCUCUACCUCUAACUCAUUCGACCGACGAAGGGAUGAUGAAGGCAAAGAGCGGUCCGAAUGAGACACUGACGGAUCUCCAACGUCUUUUAUUAAAAUCAAAAUUUCCAUGUAGAGCUUAGCUUUCAUACGCUGAAAAAUAAAAUCCGCCCGCGCGCAUUGUAAGAAAAUAAAAUUCAUAUUUUAAACCUUGGAAACAAAAUGCGCCGCGGAAUUAUCAAGAGCUGAUAAAUUGAUAUCAAUAAUUAGUUUACUGAUAACGGAAGCGUCUAGAGCGUCCAGAAUGCCAUAAUAAUGACAAAGUUUUUUUUCUUUUUUUUUUUUUUUUUAUUAUUAUUAUUAAUAAUUAUUGUUGUGGUUGUACUUAAGUCAUAAUUUUUUUAUAAUAAGACUAGUAAUUUUAUAUGAUUAGAAUGCAUUCCAGAGUAUCAGAGUGUUUUUUAUUAAUUCCCGAGAUUUUUGUAUGGAUUUGUAUGAUUUUAAAUAGACAUAUCGAUUACUUUAGAUUUAUCGUUUAUUCGAACAAAUGCACACCCCUCUCGUUUCUCAGGCUUUCAUUUCAUUUCCUGGCUAAAUUAUCAAAGAUACGAAAAAAGUCAAUUCAAUCAAUAUUGUAGAGAAUUAAAUUUCCUGUAAAAAAGGUCUUUAUCAAUUUUUCAAUUGAGUCCAUAGUUUCGAAACUAUCUCCAUUUGAAGUAUAAAUCGAAAAAUUUACAUAAAACCAAAAUUAUUAUUUCCGGAAACUGAAAGUUUAAAUUAUGACUAACGUAUCGAAGUUAGGAAAAAGUUGUGGAUAUCAAUUUUAUAGAAUUAGAAAAAUAAAUUUCCUGUAAAGGAGGUCAUAAUCAUUUUCAACCUGUCUAUUAGUUUAGCUGUAAAAGGACUAAAUACAUGAAAACUGUUGAGGUGUGCAUAUUUAUUAAAAUCUAAUUACUGAUCAGCUUCCUCUUCGCUCUGUCUAUAAAAUACUCAAGCAACGAACGAGGAGAGAAAAAAAGGCUGAUUGUUUAUUUAAUCGUGGCCCCCGCUCAUAAUAUUUUUUUUAACAUUUAAAUAAUAUACAAAAAAAAAAAAGAAACUCGGGACCACUGUAACGAUUAACGAUCACGGCCAUUUUUGGUAUCUGGGCCUUAGUCUCAUUUUGUGAUUACUAUAUACAUAUUUUAAUUAAAAUACUAUUAUUAUAAUGAUUAAUUAAUUAUUGUAGACUAGGCUAGGCUUUUUUUUUGUUUAAAUUCGUCAUGAUUUUUAUCAGCGAACAAUUAAUUUUUUUACAAUUUUCCAUUAAAGGCCAGUCGAUUUCGACUAAAAAUAUUUAAAUAAAAUCAACAAGUGUCCUUAGAAAAAAACAUAUUUUUAUUGAAAUAAAUAUACUGCACUAUUGCAUCAAGAGAUUUAAUUAAGUGAUUUAAUUAUGAUAGUUAAGUAUUUAUCGUAACAUGUGUUAGUUACGAUGUUUUAAAUAUGAAAACAUAUGCAUUUUUUUUUUUUAAUAUUUUUAGUUUUCUUCAAUUUAUUAUUAAUAUUAAAUAAUUAAUUAAUAGUUAUUAUUAUUUUUAUUAUUAAUAUUAUUUUUUUUUACUUGUAUGACGAAGGCACUCGGUCCCCUUUACGAUCGAACCAUUGUGUUAUUAAUCGAUUUAUCGGUUAAUAUUACGCGGGUGUUCUUUAAUAAUCUCUAAUAGUUGCCACGUUGACUAGAAAUUUUUUUUCGCGGUUUGGGGGAAAAGCGGGACAAAAUGGGUCAUUUGGUAACCAGGUCUUGUGGGUACUCAUUCGAGAGGAAAUUUAAAGAUUUAUCUAAUCCAGGUAAUAAAUUUUGAAAAAAUGAAAAUUUUUAAUUUUUUUCAAAAAAUUGUGAAAAUUUUUUGUUUUUUUAAAUGUGGAUUGUGCUUAUUCUUUUGAAAGCAAAUUAACUCACUGACUACGUAAUUAUCUCAAAAAAAAAAUAUUUUUCAACUCGCUGGUAAUCAAGUACCUAUUUUGCCCCAGCUUUUAAAAAAUGCACUGAAAAAACAGUUUAUUUCAUUCAAAUAAAUAGAUUUAUUUAAAACUAUUGAGAAGUAUUUAUUUUAUAUAAAUAAACUUUAUUCGGUUGAAAUAAAUAUUUAAUUAAAUAAAAUACUUUCGUCAAAUUUUACUUAACAAAAUCAUUUAGUUCAUUUAAAUUUACACAGAAAAAAAGGAUUUCUUGAUGCAAGAAAUUUUCACUUGCUCUGAGAAAAUUUUUACUUGCUUUAAAAAAUUUUGCAUUACGAAGUGCAAGCAAAAAUUUUCUUGGAGCGAAAAAAAAAUUUUUUUUUUCUGUGUAUAUUGUUUUAUAGUUAACAAAUCUUAUUUGAAAAAAAUACACUGCUGCUCGCGGUGUUACUGUUGUCAUCAUCUAAAUAAAGAUUUGUCGAGUAUAAACAAAUUUUUAUUUGAUUCAAGUAAAUACUUUCGAUAAACGACAUCUUUACCUUCAAUAAAUAUCGAUUGAGUCCAUUCAAAUAUGGGAUUUAUCCGCAUGAAACAAAUCUUAUUUGGCUCAAAUAAAUUGUUCUCUCAGUAUAAAUAUUCAAGUUUUCGUGGUAUAAGAGAUUAAUCGUAAGGGUUGAGGAUCGUUGUGCCUUCAAGAAAAAUGAUCGUCAAUAUUAUAUUAGUUAAGUAAUUAAAUAAAUGAAUAAAAAAAAAAAAAACAAAAAUCAUUAAAUGAUUUUUCUUAAGAUUAAUUAAUUUAAUAAUUAAUUAAUCGGAAUUAUUGAUUAAUGCAUAAGUAUAAAUAAUUGCGAGGACCAGACUUUGUUUUGCGAUUCCUACUAUAAAAAGCAAUUGUUCAAUUUUAUCAUUAUUAUUAUUUUUAUUUUAUUUUAUUUUUUUUUUAUACUUUAUGUAUUUGCUUAAAUAGCUAUUAGUUAUAAAAAAAAUGUGUACUCUAA